CACAAGCAAAACACAGGCAUCCGUCUUCUGGACGCGAUGAAUCUGGCUUCUCUUGUGACGUCCAUCGUCAGCCAAGCUUUGCACACUCGACGCUGCCGGUGAGCACAAAGGCUGCCUCUGCCACAUCACGCGGACCGUCAGCAAACAUGCCAGCGCCCGAGCCCCUACCGACCUUCUUGUACAAGAUUCUUCCAAGCGCCCCGCCUUCACCGCUCCCUACCCGUCUCCCGCUCUCGGACCUCGACCGCACCGAUGGCUACAUCCAUCUCUCCACCUCCGAGCAAGUGCCCGGUACCGCUGAUAAAUUCUUUGGUGACGUUUCAGAAUUAUGGCUUCUGAAGAUCCGGUAUGAAGUGCUGGCCGCAGGGACUGAUGGCGAUGGUCAAGUCCAUUCGGAUAAGGCGGCAGAGUUGAAAUGGGAGGAGGUCGGGCGAGGGUGUUUUGCGCAUCUCUACAGAGCAGAUCUCGGAUCUGGAAAUAUAGAGAGUGCGUUCAAGAUUGAGAAGAAGGGCAGCUGGGCCGAUACCUUGAGCCUGGAAUGGUGAGAGCGACGGGGCUACAAUAUGGUAGAGCAAACGCUAAAAAUAUCAUUACCGGCUGAUACAUGAGAUCUUCUUUCAUAUUACCCUGUGAUGGUUCUAUACAUGGCAUAUUAGUUGCAUACUAACUAUUGGGUACUGAUCUACAUGACUUCAAGUGUACUUUCUUGUAUUCUCUUAUUGCCUCGAAGAAGUGGUCUCUCUACUAAGUCUGGAUAUACCCCAGCGAACCCGGUCAACAGAUUUUAAUUAA